CUUCUGCGCGUGCGUCGGCUCGAAUGAAAGGUGGAUGAAUUUUGAGCCAAUGAGGCCGCCGUUGAGGGGGUUGGCGACGCAGCCGCGUUCGAGUGGAUACAGUUCACGUGCGGCCAGCUCGAGCCUCCUCUCAGAGCUACUAUGGUCGAGCCGGGGACUUUGAACCUCAAUAACGAGGUUGUGAAGAUGAGAAAAGAAGUGAAGAGAAUCCGAGUUUUGGUUAUUCGAAAACUUGUGAGGAGUGUUGGCAGAUUGAAGUCAAAAAAGGGCACUGAAGAUGCACUGUUAAAAAACCAAAGACGAGCACAACGGCUGCUUGAAGAAAUCCAUGCCAUGAAGGAGUUGAAACCUGAUAUAGUAACUAAAUCUGCCCUUGGUGAUGAUAUCAACUUUGAAAAAAUCUGCAAAAAGCCUGAUUCUACCGCAACUCAAAGAGCAAUUGCCAGACUAGCAGUUCAUCCUCUUCUGAAGAAAAAAAUUGAUGUGCUAAAAGCUGCUGUCAAAGCCUUUAAAGAUGCAAGACAAAAUGUUGUUGAAGUUAAGUCAUCAAAGAAUGCUUCAGAAGAAAAUCAUUCCAAGGACACUUUGUGUUCAAAUGAUGAUGCCAGUAAGUUACAGCAUGAAGGAACUAUUAUUAGUGAGCGAGAAGAGAAAGAAGCCAAAAUAUUGGCAAAGAAACCAAUAAAUAAUUCAAAAGAAAAAAUAGCCAAGAUGGAACAUGGAUCCAGAGCAGUGGACAUUCCAAAUUCUCUGUCAAAGCCUUCUGAGAAGGUUUCUACAGUUCCCUCUGAACCCCAGAAGACGUCUGCUGACCCCAAAGUGAAAACAUUAAGUCAAACCAAAAAGAAGAAAGAGUCCGGUAGCUCACCUGGUAGUAACAGUGAUGGAGAAGAAUUACGUGAAGAAGAGAAGGAGUAUUUUGAUGAUAGCACAGAGGAAAGGUUUUACAAGCAGUCUUCCAUGUCUGAGGAUAGUGAUAGUGGUGACGACUUCUUCAUUGGGAAGGUCAAACGGACACGAAAGAAGGAAAGUCAUUGUCAUUUUUCAGUCAAGGAACAAAACCAUCGCAAAAAAUUGAAACCUGAUGAAGAUGUGCUUGAAACCCAUCAGGAUAUAAGAAAUAAUAAAAGCAGGCCACAUACAGAAGCAAGGAAGUUUGAGUCAGUGUUUUUCCAUUCUUUAUCUGAAUCUAAAAGCUCUGAAAGAAGUUACAGAGAACAAGUUCCAAAAAGCAAAACCUCAGGUUUUCAGCAAAUUGAACCACAGAUCAAGAAUCAGCUUAAUAAGAGUGCACAAAGAGGAUUUGAAAAUACAAAACAGAAAUCACAGCUGCCUCUUCAUCCUUCAUGGGAAGCAAGCCGGAGGCGAAAAGAACAGCAAUCCAAAAUUGCUGUGUUUCAGGGGAAAAAAAUUACCUUUGAUGAUUGAUUAGUACUAUUUUUUUAUGAACUUUUCUAUCUGAAAAUUGUUUUUCCUUUUUCUUUUUUAACCAGCUCUUUAUUUAAAUUUGUAUGUGAAUAGGUC